CCACGAAAUCUCAAUAUCUAAAUAUUUUGUUGCUUUUUCAAAAGUGAAAGAAGAGUUAGAAGUAACUACCAAAACCAGUCGGUUUAUAAAAUAUUGCGGGAGGGUUUUGUAGGGUAUUUUUUUUUUCUUCAUAAGCCAAGAAAAGACCUUUCAAAUUCACAUGUAAACUUGUUUAGUUUAUCGUUAAAGUGUGGUGAAGAUACGAAAUUUGGAUAAGAGUAAGAGGGGAAGUUGGAAAAAAAAUGGGUUCUUUGAAAAAUGAAACAGAAAGUGUGUUGCAAGAAGAAGAAGAAGAACCAAUUUUGAAAGAACAAUCACAAAAAUACUGCACCUUUCCUAUUAGAUAUCCACAACUUUGGGAAAUGUACAAGAAAGCAGUAGCCAGUUUCUGGUCUGUUGAGGAGGUUGACCUCUCUGAGGAUAUUCAGCAUUGGGAAGCCUUAUCUGAAUCUGAAAAGCACUUCAUCAGUCAUGUUUUGGCAUUUUUUGCCGCAUCAGAUGGAAUUGUUUUGGAAAAUUUGGCUGCUAGGUUUCUGAACGAUGUGCAAAUUCAAGAGGCACGCGCAUUUUAUGGUUUUCAAAUUGCAAUGGAAAAUAUUCACUCGGAGAUGUACAGCUUGCUUCUGGACGCUUUUAUCAAGGACCCAAGGCAGAAAAAUAAACUUUUUAAUGCAAUUGACAGCAUUCCUUGUGUCUCACAAAAGGCCAAGUGGGCUUUGAAUUGGAUACAGAGUUCCAGCUCAUUUGCUGAGAGGCUUGUAGCUUUUGCAUGUGUUGAAGGAAUUUUCUUUUCAGGAAGCUUUUGUGCUAUCUUUUGGCUGAAAAAGAGAGGGUUGAUGCCAGGAUUGGCUUACUCAAAUGUGCUCAUUUCUAAGGAUGAGGGUCUCCACCGUGACUUUGCUUGCCUUCUAUAUAGUAUUAUGCGAAAUCAAUUGACUAGGCAAAAGGUUCAUCAAAUUGUGCAUGAAGCGGUCGAAAUUGAAACUGAAUUUGUCUGUGAUGCCCUUCCCUGUGCAUUGAUUGGCAUGAAUGCAGAACUAAUGAGUCAGUACAUAAAGUUUGUUGCUGAUCACCUCCUGGUUGCCUUAGGGUACGACAAGAAGUAUAAUGUUGAAAACCCUUUUGAUUGGAUGGAAUUUAUUUCUCUUCAGGGCAAAUCCAACUUCUUUGAGAGAAGAGUUGCUGACUAUCAGAAGGCUUCUGUGAUGUCAAGCUUGCAAGACAAUGGCAAGAAUUUUGAGUUCAAACUGGAUGAAGACUUCUAGAGUUUUUUUCUUCCCUAGCAUCACCUUGAUGCUGAAAGAUGGCAUUUUCUUGUGGUAAUAUUAUUCAUCAAAGAUCAUAUUGUUAAUAGUCCAUACCUUUUUCUGAUCACUUUUAGAAGGGCAAUUGAUUGCCUUCAUGUGAAGAAAAAGUAAAGUUUAUUUGCCAAACAUGAUGGUUUUGGUAGUUAAUGAGUAUUGAGUAGACUUUGAAAACUAUGUGAAACUAAUUGUCCAUACACUUGUUGCCAAGUAGGGGUAAAGGUAUUGAAAAAUCAUCUUUAGGUGGAUUGGCUUAAUCAUCAUUUGGUUUUCACUUCAUGUCCA